UUAUGAGUACUGAAGAGAGAACGUGAGUAGGGCAAGGUUUUGGUUGAGAGGCUUGGGGUUAUGAUUCAACUGCCAACCUCUACGGCCUAGGUCGUGUCGACAUCCUGACCGGGAGAAGCUAGGGGUAGCCCGAGAGGCUGCCUCUCUCGAGUGCUGUCAUUUCCGCAGGCCAGACCAUUAGGGAGCUCGGGUACCUUCCAGAACGUUAGACCCAGCGCCCCUUUCCCGCUCCCGCAGACUGUCGUCUCCACCAUGGCCGAGCUGAUCCAGAAGAAGCUACAGGGAGAAGUGGAGAAAUAUCAACAGCUACAGAAAGACUUGAGUAAAUCUAUGUCAGGGCGGCAGAAGCUUGAAGCACAACUAACAGAAAAUAAUAUCGUCAAGGAGGAACUGGCCCUGCUGGAUGGGUCCAACGUGGUCUUUAAACUUCUGGGUCCUGUGCUGGUCAAACAGGACCUGGGGGAGGCUCGGGCCACAGUGGGGAAGAGACUGGACUAUAUCACAGCUGAAAUUAAGAGAUACGAAUCCCAGCUCCGGGAACUUGAACAGCAGUCAGAGCAACAGAGGGAGACCCUUGCUCAGCUGCAGCAGGAGUUCCAGCGGGCCCAGGCGGCAAAGGCAGGGGCUCCUGGAAAAGCCUAACCCCAUGGUUGAGGGGAUGGAGGGAAACCAGGCAGCUCUAGGAUCUAGACUGUAGCUAAUAAAAUAUGGAAAUACCUGGCUGUUUUCUGACCAGCCACUUCUGUCA